AUGAAACAUUUAUUCAUAUCAUUAUUAUACUUCAUAAAUUUGAUUAAUGGUGACUCAAACUCAUCAAUUGAUAUAUUUCAUCAACAUUUAAAUAUUUUCAAAAAUGUUAUACCUCAUAAACAUAAAGAAUCAAGACCAUUAAUUGAAUCAACUCAAGAUGGGGUACCGAUUAAUUAUAAUAAAGUGCCUACCGUAGUUUUAAAAACAAUUGAACAAGAAAUAGAAGUAGAAGAACCAGGAAUCAAUUUAAAAUCAGUAGCUGAAGUUGUGGAUCAGAAAUUUAAUAAGAAACCAAGACCAAAGAAUAUGGAAGAAAGUGAUGGUAAAGGUAAUAGAAAAUUUAAUAAGAAGUUACAAUUCAAGAAGGAAAAAGAAGUAGAAGAAACCGAUAAUGGUGAGUUUUCAUUUGAUGCAUUAGAUGAAAUUAAACGAUUGGAAGCUUUGAUUUUAGAUUUAAGAAAGGAAAUGGCUUAUCAACAAGAAAGAUUUGAGAAAGAAUUGAAAGCAAUACAUAAUACCAAACAUUUGUUUCAUAAAUAUGAUGCUGAAGAUGGAAUUAAGGUAGAAGAAGUGGAACAAGACGGAGAAGAAGAAUUAAGUGAUAAUAAAUAUGACAUUGAUGAUGGAGCAAAAACACAAGCAGUGGAACAAGAAGUAGGAGAAGAACAAUCAAGUGAUGAGGAAGUCACCAAUGCACCUUUUCAGGUGGAAGAUGAGAAUUUAAGAGUUGAUAAUGAUCAAGUUAAAGAAGAAGAAAUUUUGGUUGAAGAAAAUACCAGUAUUGAACCAACAAGUAAUGUGUUGAAUAGUGAAGAUAUACAAUUAUAUAAAUCCCCUCCAGAAACAACUAAUGCUCAUUUGGCAAUUGGUAAAAAUAAGGCAAAAGAUAUUUUAAAUUUGAAAAAUCCACCAAAUUCAGUACUUAUGAUCUAUCCACCAUCUCAUAAUAAAUUAAAAGUAUCAGAUUUACAGUAUUCAAAACCAAAGACAUUUAUGUUUGAUUAUACUUUAACAUCAACUGAAUCUACAAGUUAUCAAGUCACUACGAUACCACCUACAAAGAUCGAAAAGUCAAAAUCACCAAUUAAAACACUUGCUUAUGCUACAUCCACAAAGUUUAAACCUUCAACAAGAACAAAAGGGUCAAAAACACCAACUAAUACUACAUCAAAGUCAAAAAGAAAGAGUAAACAAAGAUCAACAAUGACAAAUACAUUUUUAAUGACUAAAUUAUUUGAUAAUGCAGUUAAAACUAGUACAACACAAAGAGAUCAUCAUAAUUUAUUUCACAAUACAAAUAAAAGUAUAAAUUUUGAUGUUUUCAAAGAAUUACAAGCUUUAUUUCAUCGUAAUUCAGCAACAGGGACAUAUCAACACAGUUUACAAACAAUUAUUAUAUCGUUCAUAGUCAUUAUAAUAUAUACUUUUUAA